CAUAAUAAGGGAAAUAUCAACAUCAAUUGUCUCUCGUGGUUUUUGAUGAAUUGACUAAUUAUUUGGCUUAUUGAUUGAAUUAUAGAUCUCUGCGCCUGGUUUAUUCAUUCCUCUCAAAGUUUAAAGGACUGAUGAUGAAGACAAAACAAUCAACAUUCUGAUCCCAACACUUCCCUCUCGACGAGCCAGAGAUAAGUGUAUCAGCUUUUGUUGGGGAGAUUCCGACAUCGAGACACAGAGGGACAGAUGUUUGCAUGUGUCAAUCUGCAGCCUGAUCCCAUCCCAGCCUCUUUGUUGACAGCCAGUGGUCUGAUGUCUGCAGCAACUGCAUGGGAAUCUAAGGGAGAUUCAAGUAGCUUCUAAGUAAUUUAUCAUAAUCUAAAAGGAGUUGGACGGAGGGGGAACUUGGACAGUCAGUCCCUGCUUUAGCCAGCACAAUGGAAGGUCUAUUUUCUCUGCCUUUCAACUUCAGCUCCCCAGGACAAGGGAACAAGAGUAUACUCUCAAAAGACAACUUGACCUUUUCUUUCUACUAUCAACACUCAAUGUCCAUCGCAGCCACAUUUAUACUGGCGUACACAUUUAUCUUUCUCAUGUGCAUGAUUGGCAAUAUGUCAGUGUGCUUUAUUGUGUUGAAGAACAGGCAGAUGCGUACUGUGACCAACAUGUUUAUUCUGAACCUGGCAAUUAGUGAUCUCUUGGUUGGCAUAUUCUGCAUGCCAACAACCUUGGUGGACAAUCUCAUUACAGGAUGGCCUUUUGACAACAUCAUGUGUAAAAUGAGUGGCCUGGUUCAAGGGAUGUCUGUGUCCGCUUCCGUUUUCACCCUGGUGGCAAUUGCAGUAGAACGGUUCCGGUGUAUUGUGUAUCCAUUCAGGCAAAAGCUCACAUUGAAGAAGGCUAUAAUUACCAUCAUUGUUAUUUGGAUUUUGGCUCUAAUCAUUAUGUGCCCUUCAGCAGUUACUUUGACGGUGACUAAAGAUGACUAUCACUUCAUGGUUGAUGACUACAAUAACUAUUAUCCGUUAUACUCAUGUUGGGAAGCCUGGCCAGAUAAAGAAAUGCGUAAGAUAUACACCACAGUUCUGUUCUCUCAUAUUUACUUGGCCCCUCUCACUUUGAUUGUUCUCAUGUACGCUCGUAUUGCUUUCAAACUUUUCAAGUCAUCUGCCACCAUCCGUGGAUCCGUGUCUGAGGAAAAUGAAGGACGUAGAGUGUCUAAGAGAAAAAUCAGAGUAAUCAAUAUGCUAAUCAUAGUAGCUUUGUUCUUCACAUUCUCAUGGCUUCCCCUAUGGACUUUAAUGCUACUCACAGACUACGGAAAACUCACUGAUCACCAGCUCAAUCUGAUUGCUGUUUAUGUAUUCCCUUUUGCCCACUGGUUGGCUUUCUUCAAUAGCAGUGUCAACCCAAUCAUUUAUGGAUAUUUCAAUGAAAACUUCAGACGGGGGUUUCAAGAAGCCUUCAAAGUACAGUUCUGCUCAAUGAAAAUGGAGCAUAAGGAGACCUAUUCAGAGAGGAAAAACAGUGGUUUUCUCUUUGGAGUACGGAACCGGAUUUUUGUGGAAGUGCAGCCUAGUGACUCAGCUCAAGGUUCGGAUUCUUGUAAUAGUACUACUGCAAAGACUGGUAUGUUUUCUUUAAGAAGUGGAAAGAUUGCCCAUCACGGUCUGGUAGUUGAAGACUUAGACAAUAAAGCAUCCAAUAACACAGUCAGCAUCCCAGCAUGGGAUAUAUAAAAUGAAUGGCUUUUUGCUUUUGAUGUUGUGUGACUUCUGCAAAAAAAAAAAAGCAAAAAGGACAGUAUAGAGUACUAAAAGUAUAUCUAUUAUCCAACAGUUCCACCAAAAAACCUCAUUAUGAUGCAAGGACAUGGAGUCACAUGAUUGAAUUUGCUUUCCAUCAUGUAUUCACAUAAACUUUAAACUGGUUUUACAUUUCAAUAUGCUUUGCACAUGCAAGAUUAUUUUUUACAAAACUAAAAGAAUGUAUAUACUUGGCUGUCUAAUCAGAACUAUUACUAGCCAAGCAAUGCCCAGCGACAGUAGACUCUUAGAGUAAAUUAUUUUCACACAUAUUUUCAGAAUAGGAGGAGCAUUCAAAAUGUUGCUUUUUUUUCACAACCUCCAAGGAAAAUGUUGUUAAUCUCCAAUAAUUAGGGCUA